UCCAUCGCCACUGCUUCUCUUUGAUCUCUUCUUCUCCUUCAAUUUAAUUCCCAUUCUUAAUUCUUAAUUUCUCCGGCGAUUCCGAUUGCUUCCUCAUUCCGUCGACGGCGAGGGGAAAUAUUUGUGUAAAAAGAGUAAGAUCAGAAUGGCAGGCGAGACACUGCAAGUGCUGAAUGCACUUGAUGUUGCGAAAACCCAAUGGUACCAUUUCACAGCAAUAGUAAUUGCUGGAAUGGGCUUUUUCACCGACGCCUACGAUCUCUUCUGCGUCUCUCUUGUCACCAAACUAUUGGGCCGGAUUUACUACCACCAACAAGGCUCCAACAAGCCCGGCGAAUUGCCUUCAAACGUCGCCGCCGCCGUCAACGGCGUCGCUUUCUGCGGAACCCUCUCCGGCCAGCUCUUCUUCGGCUGGCUCGGCGACAAGAUGGGCCGCAAGCGCGUCUACGGCAUGACCCUCAUGCUCAUGGUCAUUUGCUCUGUAGCUUCCGGCCUUUCUUUCAGCAGCACCCCGACUUCUGUCAUCGCCACUCUCUGUUUCUUCCGAUUCUGGCUCGGAUUCGGCAUCGGCGGCGACUACCCACUCUCCGCCACCAUCAUGUCGGAAUAUGCUAACAAGAAAACACGCGGCGCAUUCAUCGCCGCCGUGUUCGCGAUGCAGGGGUUUGGGAUUCUGGCCGGUGGGGUGGUGGCUAUAAUCGUCUCCGCCGCUUUCAACGCCAAAUUCCCUGCUCCGGCGUACGAGGAAAACGCCGCCGCGUCCACCGUCCCGCAGGCGGAUUACGUCUGGCGAAUAAUUGUGAUCUUCGGCGCCUUCCCUGCUCUGCUCACUUACUACUGGCGGAUGAAAAUGCCCGAAACCGCUCGCUACACCGCCUUGGUCGCCAAGAACGCGAAACAGGCGGCGGCCGACAUGUCGAAAGUGCUGCAGGUUGAUUUGGAAGCGGAUCGGGAAAGAAUCGAGGAGGGGAAAUCGAAGACCGAAUUUGGAUUGUUCUCGAUGGGAUUCCUCCGUCGCCACGGGCUCCACUUGCUCGGGACGACCUCCACUUGGUUCUUGCUGGACAUUGCGUUUUACAGUCAGAAUCUGUUUCAGAAGGACAUUUUCACGGCCAUCGGGUGGCUCCCUCCGGCGAAAACCAUGAACGCCAUUGACGAGGUUUUCAGAAUCGCCAGAGCUCAGACUCUGAUUGCGCUGUGCAGCACGGUUCCUGGGUAUUGGUUCACGGUGGCGUUGAUCGACGUAAUGGGGCGAUUCGCGAUCCAAUUGAUGGGGUUUUUCUUCAUGACGGUGUUUAUGUUCGCGUUGGCCAUUCCCUACAAGCACUGGACUCUGGAAGCCAACAGAAUCGGAUUUGUGGUGAUGUAUUCGCUGACAUUCUUCUUCGCGAAUUUCGGGCCCAACGCCACGACGUUUGUGGUUCCGGCGGAGAUAUUCCCGGCGCGGCUGAGGUCGACCUGCCAUGGAAUUUCGGCGGCCUCUGGAAAAGCUGGCGCCAUCAUUGGGGCUUUUGGAUUUCAGUAUACAGAAAAAGCAAUUGGGGUUAAAAAGACGCUUAUAAUUCUGGGAGUAGUGAAUGGUUUGGGAAUGUUGUUCACUCUAUUGGUUCCUGAAUCGAAGGGAAAGUCUUUGGAAGAAAUGUCGGGUGAAGCUGGAGAAGAGCCCGAAACCAGGCAUGAAUCUGAUCACAGAACUAUCCCUGUUUGAAUUCCUUUUCCUUUUCCUUUUCUUUUGGGUAAUAUUUUGCCAAAAAAAAKAAACACACUUCUGAUAUUUGCAUUGCAUAUUUGGCAAAUAAAGAGACGGCCCUCCUCUCGUGAUUAGUGAUCAUUCUCUUGGGUUUAUAUAGGCCCAUAUACGGGCUAUUGGGCCAGCAAGCUAACACAGCCCAUUACAAAGGAAAAUAAAAGAAUUCAAAUUUGGAAA